GCGGCGGCGGCGGCGGCUCCAAGAUGGCGCAGACGAUCUUCGAGGCCCUGGAGGGAAUGGACAAUCAGACUGUCCUGGCUGUCCAGUCGUUGUUGGAUGGCCAAGGAGCAGUCCCGGAUCCAACAGGCCAGAGUGUUAACGCACCUCCCGCUAUCCAGCCACUGGAUGAUGAGGAUGUCUUUCUCUGCGGGAAGUGUAAGAAACAGUUCAACUCGCUGCCAGCGUUUAUGACCCACAAGCGGGAACAGUGCCAGGGGAGUGCCCCGCCCCUGGCCACAGUCUCACUGGCCACCAACAACAUCUACACACCUUCGGCGCCACCCGCAGCAGUUCAGCAGGCCCCACCUCCUGCCAAUCGCCAGAUCUCCACGUACAUCACAGUGCCCCCAUCCCCACUAAUCCAGACCCUGGUGCAAGGGAACAUCUUGGUGAGCGAUGACGUGCUCAUGUCUGCUAUGUCAGCCUUCACGUCCCUGGACCAGCCCAUGCCCCAGGGACCCCCACCAGUGCAGAGCAGCCUGAACAUGCAUUCUGCACCCAGCUACCUCACCCAGCCUCCUCCUCCUCCUCCCCCGCCUCCACCACUGCCCCCACCCCCACCCCAGCCCCCACCACCCCCACCCCAGAACUUGGGCCCCCCUGGGCGAGCCAACCCUGGUGGGAGUGGCGUGGUGGAAGUGUACAACGCCCCAGCACCCUUGGCUGGGAGUGGAACGGUGGAGAUCCAAGCAUUGGGCAUGCAACCCUACCCACCCCUGGAGGUGCCAAACCAGUGUGUGGAGGCUCCAGUGUACCCCACCCCUCCGGUGUAUAGCCCUGGGAAACAGGGAUUCAAAACAAAAGGACCAAAUCCUGCCGCCCCCAUGACUAGUGCCUCCGGGGGCACAGUGACGACCUUUGACUCCCCACCAACACUGAAGACCAGACGAGUCAAAGGUGCCAGUGGACUCCAAGAAGCUGCAGGGAAACCCAAGGCCCAGAAGCUCAAGUGCUCAUACUGUGACAAGUCAUUCACCAAAAACUUUGACCUGCAGCAGCAUAUCCGAAGUCACACCGGUGAGAAGCCCUUCCAGUGCAUUGCAUGUGGCCGUGCCUUUGCCCAGAAGUCUAAUGUCAAGAAACACAUGCAGACCCACAAGGUGUGGCCUCCAGGACGCAGUGGUGGCACCGUUUCCCGAAACUCUGUAACAGUACAGGUCAUGGCUCUGAACCCCAGCAGGCAAGAGGAUGAAGAAAAUACAGGGUUGAGUCAGACCCUGUCGAGUGCCCCUCAGCCCCAGGCCUUGCCCACAGCAGGUGAGGAUGAGGGGGACAAGCUGGAGACCAAGCAGGUCGUCCUCAUCGAUAGCUCCUACUUGUGCCAGUUCUGCCCCAGCAAGUUCAGUACGUACUUCCAGCUGAAGUCCCACAUGACCCAGCAUAAGAAUGAGCAGGUAUACAAAUGUGUGGUCAAAAGCUGUGCCCAAACGUUCCCGAAGCUUGACACCUUUCUGGAGCACAUCAAGAGCCACCAGGAGGAGCUGAGCUACCGCUGCCACCUCUGCGGCAAGGACUUCCCCUCGCUCUACGAUCUUGGUGUGCACCAGUACUCCCACAGCCUCCUGCCACAGCACAGCCCCAAGAAGGACAGCACCGGCUACAAGUGUGUCAAAUGUGUUAACAAAUAUUCCACCCCUGAAGCCCUGGAGCACCACCUGCAGACUGCCACUCACAACUUUCCCUGCCCACAUUGCCAAAAGGUGUUUCCUUGUGAACGCUAUCUGCGGCGUCACCUGCCCACCCACGGCAGCGGGGGCAGAUUCAAGUGCCAGGUGUGCAAGAAGUUCUUCCGGCGAGAGCACUACCUCAAACUGCAUGCUCACAUCCACUCAGGUGAGAAACCCUACAAAUGCUCAGUGUGUGAGUCCGCAUUCAACCGCAAGGACAAACUGAAGAGACACAUGUUGAUCCAUGAGCCAUUCAAGAAAUACAAAUGUCCCUUCUCGACACACACUGGCUGCAGUAAGGAGUUCAACCGACCAGAUAAGCUGAAGGCUCAUAUCCUUUCCCACUCUGGCAUGAAGCUCCACAAGUGUGCCCUGUGCAGCAAGUCCUUCAGCCGCCGCGCCCACCUCGCUGAGCACCAGCGUGCCCACACUGGCAACUACAAGUUCCGCUGUGCUGGCUGUGCCAAGGGCUUUUCCCGCCACAAAUACCUCAAGGAUCACCGCUGCCGUCUUGGCCCCCAAAAGGACAAGGACCUGCAAACCCGGAGGGCCCCCCGGAGGAGGGCAGCUCCCCGCAGUGGCAGCACUGGUGGGCGCAAGGUGGUGACCCCCCUCCCUGACCCUUUGGGACUUGAGGAGCUGAAGGACGCAGGGGCUGGACCAGUGCCAGAGGCUGCCCCUGGCAAGCAACCCUUCUCAGAGUCAGAUGCUGUGCUGUCCAUCGUGGUGGGUGGCACAGUGGGGGGUGAACCUGAGCUGGUAGUGCCUGGGCAUGCUGAGGCCUUGGGCUCCAACCUGGCGCUAGCAGAGCUGCAGGCUGGUACUGAGGGCCCGUGUGCCAUGCUCGCUGUGCCCGUCUAUAUCCAGGCCUCCGAGUGAUAGACUCUUGCUGUUUGGGUCCACAACCUGGCCUGAUGUUCACCUUGGAUCCGGGGCCCCUUGGGGCAGACUAGAGAUCCUUCCCAAUGGAAGCAAGCCCUCAGCUGUGUCCCCUUUCCUGCUGGAAAGUCCUACAAUAUUCUGGGACCUGGGGCAGGGCUGCCUAUGGCUUCCCGGCACCAGCAAUGGCAAGAGAGAUGGUUGAGGCUGAGAGGCCCGGGUUCUGGCUGGUACAGGCUGGUGAUCCGGCCCUCUGAGACAGGAGACAAGGCAGUACUGCCCACCCCAUGGAGCUGCCUCUGGGUAGCCUCUGAUGAAGCUGUUCUUCAGGACAACUGACAUAGUAGGAACCAUUUUCUGCUGAACUUUUUCACGUCUGGUUCCUCACAGCAUCCCCAGAUGACCCUGUGAUGUAGGCAUUUAGGAUGCACUCAAGUGUCAGGGUUACGAAUGCAGCUAACACCCAGAUCUGGCUUCAAAUCCAAGUGCUGCCACUCACUUGCUGUGUGACCUUGGGUAAGUCACUUCACCUCUCUGUGCCCCAUGUUCCUCAUCUGUACAGUGGGACUUAUGACAGUACUACCUCAUAGGGCUGUCAUGGGAUCCAGUCUGAUGAAAUACACAAAGGGCUGGAUAUAGUGCUGGCACUCAGCAUGCCCAAUAAAUGUUUUUAUCAGGCAGGAGCUUUGGCAGUUUCUUUCUUAGCUCCUGGGUGGCAGCAGCACUCCCCUCACCAAAGUGAAAACUGAGGGGAGGCACCAGGGGUCCUGUGGUCCCUUUGUACACAAAAGCUGUGCUGCCCAUUACCUAUGGAUAGGUAUGGUGUUGCCAGAACGAUUCAGAAUAUGGCCCCAUGGAAACACCCAGGAGGAGGUGCUUAUAUUCACUUUUGAAAAUGCAGGAUCACGGGCCUAGCCACAAGUCUCUGAAAUCAGAAACUCUAGCCGAGCCAGAGGUCCAUCUAGAGCAGGCUUCGAGCAGGUCAUAGAUGCCCCCACUUCAGCAUUCCCUUCCUUUGCCCAAUAGUCCAGAGCCAAGCAAACUAGGCAGGAAGGGAAUAAAGGGAACUUGAUCCACAGGUCCUUCUUUAGCUUUUUAACCACCCCACUGGGGCAGUGUGCCUCAGUUACAGGAGAGGAAGCUGAGGUUUAAGAGGAGAUGGGGUGGAACACAGCAGAGCUGUCUGCCCCAGCUAGAUGACUGAAUGUCUUGGAUGGCUGUCCUGUCCCUCAGAUGUGUGCUGGGGCCCAAGGCUAGAGCUCAGAGCAAGCAUGUGUCCCUGCAUUGUCAGGGGCAUAUGGUGCCACAGGAGGGGCGUGAGGGGCUGUGCACAGCUAAGAGCUGAGGCUGUAAGUGUAUUGCUGGUGGGCCUGAUAGAGGCAGGAAGCCAGCUGCAGGAGGUGCCCUGUGAGCAGGGCCUUAACUGAGAGUUUUGAUGGAUGUAUAGAUAGAGGGAGGCCAGUGCCAGUGCCAGUUACAGCAAGGCAUGAGAGAAGAUGUUGAGGAGCGAAUGUCCUCUUCUGGACCUGGUGAAUGGUCCAGCAUGCCAGAGAUUUGCGGGGAGUGAGGAGAUCAUAAUUCUCACUAAGAUUCUUCCAACCUCGUUACAGUACCUUAGCUCCAUCAGGUGAGAAUUGUUAUUUUGCUUAUUUUACAGAUGAGGAAAUGGAAGCACGGAGAGGUAAAGUUUCCUGCACAAACUCAUGCAGCUAGUAAGUCCCUGCGCUGGGAUUCAAGCUGGGGUGGGCUGCCACCAUGUGCUCUCAGCUACUUUUUUUCUGUUGAAAUGUGGGUUGAUGUCAAAUCAGAGAGUCUUGGGUGUUGUGUUAAGGAAUUUGGACUUUAUUUUCUAUGUAAUGGAAGAGCAUGGAAGGUAUUUAAACAUUUUUUUAAAAAAACUGUAACAGUAACAUUAAAGAAAAUGUUAAAAAAUCACAUGUCCAUCCUAAUAUAACUCUCACAUUUCUGCCUCUUUUGUCAACAGUCACUUGCACACAUGAUUACCAGUAACCGUGAGGACUAAUGUUUGCAGGGUAUUUAUGUCA